UAAUAAGUUGGCCGGCGUCUCCAGUAUAUAAAGAACGCGCGUGCGUCUCUCGGCAUCACUUACACUCUUCUUGACCUACAAGCAACAUGGCCUUUAUGGUUUUCGUCGCGGCUGCUCUGGUGGCCGUAGCUGCAGGUGACAGUCACCCCUCUUACAGCUCACCACCUCCCUACAACAGGGCUCCAGCUCCAGCCUACAAUGCUCCCGCCCCUGCGGGUCCUGCCCAGUACAACUUUGACUGGGUAGUGAAGGACGACUACUCCGGCAACGACUUUGGCCACAAUGAAGCUCGUAAUGGCUACGACACUGAGGGAUACUAUUACGUUCAGCUUCCCGACGGUCGUCUGCAGAGGGUUACCUACACUGUGAACGGCGACUCCGGCUACGUGGCUCAAGUCGAAUACGAGGGCGAGGCCCAGUACCCAGCCCACCAGCCCACCCCCAGCUACCAGCCCUCCCCCAGCUACCAGCCCUCCCCCAGCUAUGCUUAAACUAAUUACAGGCUAAGCAGCAUAUAUGUAUUUAUUUAUUCUAAUACAAGGAAUUGCAUCUUAUGUUCAUAAAAUAAAGGUAAAUCUAUCAAA